GACCCUUCACACAGGCGUGCUUACGCCUGCAUGUAAUCUCGCGUGAUAUGAAAGAUUAGUUGUGGCAGUAAAUCAUCACAGACUUGGGAGUUGGCGUGCGCGAUGGAGCGGGUGAUGUGUUUGACAACAUUCUGGUUCAAUGGACGCCGAAUGGUGUGGUUGGUGGUGUUAUAUCACUGUGUUGUCUCUUACAAAGGAAAAGGAAUUGUUGAUGUGCACUAUGAACGGAAACCAUUCAAGGAACUCAUGGGGACACCGAUAACGCUCACCUGCAAGACGAUGUAUGUAUACAAGUGGUGCCGUCACAUGGAGGUCGGCUGGCACCAAAACGGAAGUGUUGGGCUCACAGAUCCGAGCAGGUACCUUACCACGGUGAAUGAGACCAUCUCAGAGGACAGUCGACUUCGGCAGGUCACGACCAAGAUUCUCAGUCUCAUCAGCGAGGACAAUGGGGAUUUUCAGUGCAUCGCGAAAUGUGAGAACGGAGAGCAGGCAAGAGGGCAUUUCAUCGAAGUCGUUGUAAAAGGUCAAGAAUGAAAGAGCCUAUCUCCAACUCCAUGGCUGUUUGAAUUUUGCUCAGGCAGCAAUGCAUUUUUUGAAUUAUUGUCAAUCAAUAUAUCAUCAUUUCAGUAUUCAUUUUCAGAAAUAAUGGCGAAUAAAGUAAUGGGAAUUUCUGUCUA